AUGAAAAUGAAUUUCAUCUUAUUCUCCUCGAUUUUGGCGCUUGCAGCAGCCAACUCAACACCAGAUAGCGAUCAAACGCCCACAGAAUUUGGCGAGUAUGGCAACUAUGGCCAGUACGGAAGCUACGACAAAUAUCCAGAGGUUAGCUUGUCUUCAACCGCCACCCCUGCGAAACCAUCGGCAUUCCCCAAUACUUUUGUGGCAGUCACGACUCGAAGUGGCAACCCUAAAUUACAUCUUCGCCCAGUAUCAGCGAGCAAUCUAAACUUCUACAUUGGCAAAGAAACUUCAACUUACUGUCCACUAUCUGAUUGUUCUGGCUUCGUUAACUUUACCGUCUUCGAUGCCCAACCUAAUAACCCUAACUCUGGACUUGGCCUAUUCACAACAGUUCCCGGAGGUCAGCUUGUAUACGUGACUAAAGAUGGCCAGUUAGGAUAUACUCAAGCUCAUUCUGCAUUUAUUCCCACUGAUGCCAAAACGGUCCCAUUCUUAUACGCGCCAAACGCCGAGCCGGGUAGCGUCGGUACUCUGACCUUUAAUGGUGGUGGUUGGAUGGCCUGUCCGGAGGAAAAACCUGACGAUGUUUUUCAGAUUUAUUCACAAAAUACACCGGGAUUUAAUCGGAAAGACUGCACUAGCGUAAAUAUCGUUACGGCGGUUUAUAACGGUAAUUCUACUUGGCAAUAUGUGUAA